CCCUCUCUCCGCCUCCCCCUCCGCCCCUCGCCAGCCCGCCGCUCGCAGCUCCCCAGUCAGCCUCCCGGACCUGCCCGCCGCCGCCCGCAGCACCGGCCCGCCGGCUCCGGAGCGCGCCCCGCUCGGCCCCGCGCCCCGGGAGCUCGCCGGGACCCCCUUCCUCCGGCCCCGGCCCCGCCGCCGCGCCAGCCCCGCGCCCCAGCGAGCGAGCGCGCCGAGGAUGUGAGUCCUGCUCCCGCCGCCGAGCAGCAGCCCCUCCGCCGAGCCCGAGCCGCGCCGGAGCCGGAGCGCAGCCAGCGGCGGGCGCUCGCCGGGUCUCCCGGGCGGGCCCCGCGCUCCCGCCCCAGCGGCGCCCCCUGCCCCCACCGGCGCCGCCGCCGCCGCAGCCCGCGGGCCGUCCCGGCCGGCCGCCCCCGGCCCCAGCGCCGCUGACCUGUCCGCCGCGGGCGGGGACGCGGGCGGAGGAGGCGCCGCCGCCGCCGCAGAGCCCCCGGACGCAGCCAUGUCGGAGGUGCUGCCCUACGGCGACGAGAAGCUGAGCCGCCUGCAGGACACCAGCAACUUCUUCGGCGCCGGGCAGGGCAAGCGGCCGCCCAAGCUGGGCCAGAUCGGCCGGAGCAAGCGAGUUGUUAUUGAAGAUGAUAGGAUUGAUGACGUGCUGAAAACUAUGACAGACAAGGCACCUCCUGGUAUUUAACUCCCCCAAAGACAAUGGGUUAAGGGUGAGGAUAAGAGUAAGGACGGCGAGAGCGGUUAUUGGCAGAAAGAGUGUGAAAGGAGAAAGCACGUUGACGUUUAUUACUAGCUUGCUACCUGCGAUGGAAUCAACAACCUGUGUCUCGAGUCAGGCCAGGAGACAGAUGAUGAUGAGGCGGGAGAAGGAGGAGGAGGAGGAGAAGGCUCUGGGCUCCUCUGCAAAAAAAAAAAAAAUAAUAAUAAUAACAAAAAUAACAAAAUCACUAUAUACACACCUAUACAGAAAUAAAGUCUCAGUUGCAGCUAUUGGGCAAAAUUAAUAUCCAUUUCUUUUUAUAUACAGUGAAUAUUGCGCAGUUAUAGAUCCGAAUUUUGAGCCACUUUAAUAAUGAAGCAGCAGCCCCCGGGUGAUUGAGGUGGUGGCAAUCUUCGCUGAUUUGGCUGUUCCCAAUGUUUACAUUAUUUAGUCUUGCAAAAAUAAUUCCGUGCACUUGGAUGUGAAAUGCUGUUCAGUUUUAUUUUUUUAUGUUGUUAUCCUUGGAUGUACAAAGAACAUACCAGACAAUGAUCUGUAUAGAUAAUCCUGUGUUAUUUCGGUCCUCUUUUCAAAGUUACCAGGAAUGUGUUGAAGAUCAGAGAACUUUUCUAAGGAAUGAUGGAUACGUAGAAAGCAUCCCUGUUUCUUUUUACAAAUGCAUUGUAAAGCUGUGUUUCUUUCUCGCUGCAAGCUAUUUGCCCAAGUUCAUGCAAAUGGAUACCUUUUAUAUGUCAGGAAAGAGAAACCAGAAAAAAGAAAAAAAAGAAAAAAAAAUGCUUGAGCUUUUUCUAACCUCUCUCUGCAGUCUAUUGGAUGAGCAGCCUGUUUUUUCCUCUGAUAUUGUGUCCGUUUGUUUUCUUUAAUGGACUGUAAAAAAAAAAUGUAAUCACAAGAGUGCCAAAUAUCUUGAAAUGCCAAGAGGCAUUUUGGUUUCUUCUCUCUUUCUUCGUGCUCUGAGUCCACGUAAAGGAAUGCUUUAGAGUGUCUUUCUGUUAUUUAUAGGGGUUCUCUUAAGGCACACCAGCUGCCUGUUUUGCAUGGUAUUUGCAAAAAUGCCUCAUGCGUGAGGAAAUCUACCAUUUUUUUUUUAUUUUUUAUUUUUUAUUUUUUUUUGCAACUUUGGAUCUCAAGAGGUUUCUUCCCUUCCCGUCCCUGGUCCUCUUUUCUUAACUCGACAUUCUGUAUGUUGCACCUUUAACCAGCACACAGGGCUAUUUCUCCGAUGUACAAUAAAAGAACUGUUCCUGUGUCUCA